UUCGUCAUUGUUUCUUUAUUACAGAUUUCAGAUUUCACUUGCCUGGAAAGUUCUCAGCACUGCAUUUAUUUCAAUUUUUUCAAAAAGUAGAAACACAACCGUUAAGAGAUUUUCCUUUCACUUCUCUUUUUGCUUUUUUACAUAGAAAUAGAAUAUGGAAAUCAUUUUCCUGCCAAACAUGCUCGUAAUGAGUUUUUAUAUAUAAAUAUAAAGAUCUAGUUUUCUUUUCCUUCAUCAUUUAUCUUCUGCUGUUUUCUCUAGGCUUUCUGGUUACUGUACAAACUUCAAAUCUGGUUGCUUGUUUGAUUUUCUGGAGUUACAUCUGGGUGUACUCAAGAGGGUGCAAUCUAUUCUUCUGAUAUUAGCUUUUCUUCCUAGCUGGUGCUUUGAGACUUUAUUUCUGUGCUGCAGUAAAUCAGGAAGAAUAUAGUUGUUGCACAUCAAUGGAGCCUGAAACUGACACUGGUGAGCUAGAAGAAGCACUUUAUGCACAGCAACAGCUUCUGCAAAAGCUUAAUACUGAAUUGGAUGUUGAAAGAGAGUCUGCAGCAACUGCAGCUAGCGAAGCUUUAUCGAUGAUUCUGCGUUUACAAGGUGAAAAGGCUUCGCUGAAGAUGGAAGCGAGUCAAUAUAAGAGAAUGGCAGAAGAAAAGAUGUGUCAUGCUGAGGAAGCUCUGGCAAUUUUUGAAGAUUUAAUAUAUCAGAGAGAAAUGGAGAUUGCAUCUCUUGAGUUCCAAGUUCAGGCUUAUAGGUAUAGACUCCUAAGCUUAGGUUGUAAUGACUUGGGUGUCUAUGAAAUUAAAAUUCCUGAGAAUCUGUUAAUGCAGAGAAGUGAGAGUUUCUUAGGGGAAAAGGUUGUCAAUAGCAAUUUAAGGAGAUUCAACUCACUGUCUGAAGCUAUGAUCAAAGAUCCUAAUCUUAAAAAAAGUGGCAUUGAAAGAAAAAGAUCUGUAAAUCCUGUGCCAGAUUCAAUUCCAAGCCCUGUGGAAGAAAAGAUGAAUCAGGAAACCGCUGAUUCAGAGAAAAAACCAGGGAGUUCUGGAAUUAUAGACAUUAAUUCAUAUUGGAAGCAGAUCAAGAGGUUGGAUGAGAGAGUGAAAGAGAUUUCAGACAGCAAAGACUCUGGAAAAAACAAACCAAAACUCUGCAGGGUUUGUUCCUGGUCUCCAUCAUUACUCCCACAAGUGAGCAUUGGGACAUCUAUUGAUCCAGUGACAGAAGUAAAUAUUAAGGUUUCAGAUCAAGUAAGCUCACAGGCAAAUAGCUCAUCAAGUGUUCAGGAUGUUUUUGAAUUCCCACAAACUACUGAGAAUAAAAAACCCUGUAAGAAAAAACAUUGUGAGUUGACUGUGGAUGUUGGAAACAGACAAGAAAAGCUGGAUUCCGUCAUUGAGGACACUGAUCAAUCACCUUAUAAACAUGAAACAGACAAGGUAAAAACAAAAUUAUCUUCCACAAACCAUGAGAAGAAAGCACCUAAACCGAGAAGAGUUUUGAGUUUUUCGCGCUGCGUUUCACCUGUUUUAGAAGCAGUUAAUCAAGGCAAUUGUGCAACUGAUCAUCAACAUCUGAGUUGGAGAAUUGAUAGGCUUGAGAGAGGCAGGAGUAAUGCAAGGCAAGAAAUUGUCACAGGAGGAGAAGAGGAGUUGAACUUAUUGAAAGAGAUACAUGAAAAAAUCAAAUCAAUAGAGUCUGAGAUGAAAAGCUGGAGAGCUAAGAAAUCAGAUUUUCAAACUGAACAAUCUGUAGAUCUUCUCCAAGAGGCCAUGGUGUACUUUUGGAUGUAAUCAAUUGUAUGAUCUCAGACAGCAAUUAGCUGAGAACUUUGGACAUACCCAUGAACAGAAUUGUGCAAGAGUAUUGGGUGAAAAUUGAUAGUAUGCAGUUGGAUUAGAUUUGAUUUUCCAUAUGAAAAUGUUUUUUUUUUUUAAUAGAAAUUUCAUUUUGUACAUUAGCCAUAGAAUGAACAAGUUGAGUCUUAAUGGACUGUUUCAAGAAAGCUAGCGUAUAUUACUUAGCACAAUUUGCAUCCAGAUUUGAAUAUGAAGAAUCCUUUCCUGCCUAA